UUUGGCUCAGCCCCUCUGCUGAGGAAGUAGGAAGUUGGUGCAAAUGUUCCGCAGUGGCUGCGCUGCGGGGAGUUGUGGGGAGAGCGUGGGCAAAUCUGACAGCCCCACCAUGAAUUCAGUGACCUAUGAUGAUGUGCAUGUAAACUUCAAUCAGGAUGAGUGGGCUUUGCUGGAUCCUUCCCAGAAGAGUCUCUACAAAAAUGUGAUGCUGGAGACCUACAGCAAUCUCACUGCUAUAGGCUACAAAUGGGAUGACCAUAAUAUUAAAGAAGAUUUUCAAAGAUCUAGAAGACUUGGAAGGCAUGAAAGAAGUCAUACUGGAGAGAAACCCUAUGAAUGUAGUCAAUGUGGGAAAGCCUUUUCACGACAGAGUAAUCUCCAAGUACAUAAAAGAACACACACUGGAGAAAAACCCUAUGAAUGUAAUCAAUGUGGGAAAGCCUUUGCAUGCCACAGUUAUCUUCAAAAGCAUGAAAGAAUUCAUACUGGAGAGAAACCCCAUGAAUGUAAGCAAUGUAGUAAAGCUUUUGCAGAUUACAGUAAUCUUAAAAUACAUGAAAGAACACAUACUGGAGUGAAACCCUAUGAAUGUAAUCAAUGUGGUAAAACCUUUUCACAACAGAGUCAUCUCCAAAUACAUAAAGGUUCACAUACUGGAGAGAAACCCUAUAAAUGUAAUCAAUGUGGGAAAGCCUUUGCAUAUCAUCGUUCUCUUCAAAGGCAUGAAAGAGUUCAUACUGGAGAGAAACCCUAUGAAUGUAAGCAAUGUGGUAAAGCUAUUGCAUAUUACAGUAAUCUUAAAAUACAUGAAAGAACACAUACUGGAGUGAAACCCUAUGAAUGUAAUCAAUGUGGUAAAACCUUUUCACAACAGAAGCAUCUCCAAAUACAUAAAAGUUCACAUACUGGAGAGAAACCCUACAAAUGUAACCAAUGUGGGAAAUCUUUUGCAUGCCAUAGUUAUCUUCAAAAGCAUGAAAGAGUUCAUACUGGGGAGAAACCCUAUGAAUGUAAUCAAUGUGGUAAAGCUUUUGCAUAUUACAGUAAUCUUAAAAUACAUGAAAGAACACAUACCGGAGUAAAACCCUAUGAAUGUAAUCAAUGUGGUAAAACAUUUUCACAACUGAAUAAUCUCCAAAUUCAUAAAAGUUCACAUACUGGAGAGAAACCCUAUAAAUGUAAUCAAUGUGGGAAAAGCUUUGCAUGUUAUCGUUCUCUACAAAAGCAUGAAAGAGUUCAUACUGGAGAGAAACCUUAUGAAUGUAAGCAAUGUGGUAAAGCUUUUGCAGAUUACAGUAAUCUUAAAAUACAUGAAAGAACUCAUACAGGUGUGAAACCCUAUGAAUGUAAUCAAUGUGGUAAAACCUUUUCACAACAGAAGUAUCUUCAAAUACAUAAAAGUUUACAUACUGGAGAGAAACCUUAUAAAUGUAAUCAAUGUGGUAAAGCUUUUGCACAUCAUAGUGUUCUUCGAAAUCAUGAAAAAAAUCAUAUUGGAGAGAAACCAUAUGAAUGUAAUCAGUGUGGUAAAACCUUUUCUAAACAAUAUAAUCUCCGAAUACAUAGAAGAACACAUACUGGAGAGAAACCCUAUAAAUGUUAUCAAUGUGGGAAAGCCUUUGCAUGUUGUAGUGGUCUUCAAAGGCAUAGAAGAAUUCAUGUGGAAGAGAAGCCCUAUGAUUGUAAUUAAUAUGGUAAAACAUUUUCACAACAGAAGCAUCUCCAGAUGCAUAAAAAGCUCACAUACUAAAGAGAUCCUAUAAAUGUAAACAAUGUGAGAAAGCCUUUGCAUGUCACAAUUAUCUUCAAAGGCAUGAAAAAAUCAUAUUGGAGAGUAAAAAUAUGAAUGUAAUAAGUUUCAUAAAGUCUUUGUACUUCACUGUAAUCCUUGAUACCAUCAAUGAGUUCAUCCAAGAGUAAAACCUGUGUUGUGUAAUCAAUUUGUUAAAGUCUUUGUAUAUUAUAAUAGUCUUUGAUGACAUGAAAGAACUGCUACUGAAGGGGAAUCUAUGAGUAUAAAGAAUCUGGUAAGAUCUUUAGCCAACUAACUUAUAUUUAGUUACACAAGAAUAUUGUGGUGAAAAAAAAAAGCUGACACAUGUCAGCAAUCUGUUCAAGCAUUAUAGUGUCCCUCUUUAUUUUGUUUGCAUGUACAAAUUCAUGGACAAUAGCUCUGUGGACUAAAUUAGCAAGACAAACCUUUUAGAUAUCACACUUCUCUCCAAUUACAUGAAAUAACUCAUCCAGAGUAAAACUUUAUGGAAGUGUACUAGUGCCUUUUCUCUUUCUGUGUGGUUUGAAUGUAAUUGGUCCCCAUAAGCUCAUAGAAAUUUUCACUUUGUUGGACGAAGUGUGUUAAUGUGGAGGGAAGCUUUGAGAUCUCUUUUUCAAGGUUCACUCAGUGUGACAGUCAGUCCACUUCCUGUUACCUUCUGAUCAAGAUAUAGCCAGCACCAUGUCUGUCUGCACACUACCAUGAUCUCCACCAUGAUGAUAAUAGCCUGAACCUCUGAACUGUAAGCCAAUACCUCAAUUCAAUGUUUUCUUUCAUAAGCAUUGCCCAUGGUCAUGAUGUCUUUUCACAGCAAUAGAAACCCUAAUUAAGAUACUGAUAAAAACAGUAUUUGAGGCAAUUUAUAAAAGAGCUUAGCUGGGCAUGGUGGUGCACGCCUUUAAUCCCAGCAUUCAGGAGGCAGAGGCAGGCAGAUCUCUGUGAGCUUGAGGUCAGCCUAGUCUACAGAGCAAGUUUCAGGACAGGCUCCAAAGCAACACAGAGAAACCCUGUCUUAGAAAACCAAAAAUAAAAAAGAGCUUAAUUUGGCUUAUGGUUAUGAUCUUCAUGAGAGAGGCAGGGCAAAGCUCAGAGUUCACGUCCUUGACCUGAAAUGUGGAGCAGAGAAUGGGAACUGGAAGUGGUGUGAGGAUUUAAAAUCUCAAAACUCACAAUGAGUGACAUAUUCCCUCUAAAGGGUAGCAUUUCUAAAAUUUUCUAAAUGGUACAAACAACUGAGAAUUAUUGAUUGUCUGUUUUUGAAGGCUACAUGCUUGUUUUCUUUUACAUGAACUAAUUCAUGAUGAAGAAAAACUCUGUAAGCUUCUUGAUGCCUCAACCUGUGGGUUACAGGAAUGAAUGUUUACACAAGAAAAAUUGUCAUAAAUGAAAAUAUAUUUAACAAUUUGUUUUAAAUGUUUUAUGUGGCUGGGCGGUGGUGGCACAUGCCUUUAAUCAUAGCACUCGGGAGGCAGAGCCAGGCAGAUCUCUCUGAGUUCAAGGCCAUCCUGGUCUACGGAGUGAGAUCCAGGACAGGCACCAAAACUACACAGAGAAACCCUGUCUCGAAAUGUGAUGGAAGUGUGUCUUUGGGUAUAUGCAUGUUCUUGGUGGUACCCAAGAAAGUUAGACCUUGUAAUCUUCCUGAAUUUCUAAAAGCAAUUACAGAAAGUUGUGGGAAAAAAACCUCACCUAGUUCCUUGGCAUGAGCUUGACUUAACUAGCCCUGUCUCUAGCCCUGUAAAUAUUUUUAAAGCCUUUAUAUGUCAUCUUAACAUAAGGAAAUAGGGAAGAACUCAUGCAUGAGGAAAACCCUAUUCAUGUGAUUUAGACAUCACAGUUGUCUUCAGUUUCAAAGAAAAAACUCUUGUUUAAUCUCUUUUUUCAUCAUAGGCUUGAAGCAAGUAAAUUAUUUAGCAUGUGCACUCAAGACUGAUGGUGGAGAUCACAAUAUCGUGGCUUGUGUUUUGAAGCUUUUGGAGUAGCUAUUGACGAAUUCUGUAUAUAUGACAAAUCCAGUUACUGAAGUUUAUUUGGUGGUUCAUACAUUCAUUUUUUGGCUUCUGUUCAUCUAUUGUGCUUUCAGUUGGUAAUAGGUAUUUUUCUGCUGAUAUGUAUAGGAUGGAAUGCCCAUCAUCAAAGGGGUCCAUUGUUUAUUUAAGUAUUGGGCAGUAUAUAAUACUUUUCAAGUAAAGGUGUCUGUGAAAGGGUGAUGGAUUGUUGUUACUUGUUUUGUUUUUCAUAUUUUCACAAGUUUCCUUCAGACAUGGUUUGUGAUCCAGCCUGGCCUGGAUAUCAGUAAACAGUCAAGGAUACAUUUGAACAGAUGUUUCUCAUGUGUCAGCCUUCUGAGUACAAGUCCAACAAUAGAAGAUGUGCCUCCAAUGUGUCCUGUUUUGUCAAUACUUUUUAAAACUGUUAAUGUUCAAACACUUAAUAGAAGAUAAUCUCAGAAACAUUAAAAUACCUCAUCUGUGUAUUCAAGGUAGCAUUUUCAUCUAUCUGGUAGAGAUAUAAUAAAGUAGAAUAAUCAACAAUCAACUGUGUAUCUCAUAGUUUGAUGUGCUAUAGAUAUUAUAUAUUAUUUGAUGUUCCUACUUUAUGAUCCAAUUUUUAUCCACUUUGCACUCCCUCUUGAAGUAUUGCCUCCUAAGGGAGUUAUCUAGAGAUGCCAGAUAAUGUCAGAGAAUUGAGAUUUAUUUUAGAAAAAAUGUGUGUGUGUUUGUGUGUGUGUGUGUGUGUGUGUGUGUGUGUGUGUGUGUGUGUGUGUGUGUGUGUGUUGAUUGUGGGUUUGUAGGGCAUAGCAGACAUGUUGAGACCUGAAGAAAACUUGAGAAAAUUCUUUUGGUCCUCUUUGUAUGGUAAUGAAAUCAGAUUACCAGCCUUGCACACCACAGACAUUUUUUACCCUAAUGAAGCAUCUCACUGGUACUUGACUAUGAUUAGUAGAGACAUUAUAUCAAUAAAAUGUUAUCUAUUAAAAUUAUAAACAUUUAAAGAUAGAGGAACACAGGAUGAUUUGAAUAAUGAAUCCUAUUUGCAAAUGAAUAUGUUAUACUGCCAUUUUUGGAUUGUAUUAGUUUCUUCUGAGAAGUAAACACUUGUUCGUAACACUUUCUCAGAACCACAAAUGAAUUCUAGGGAAUUGUCUCAGUGAGUAAAUUUGGUUGUUACUAAGCCUGAUUACCUGAGUUCAGUCUCUUGGAGACCCAUAGUACUCCUACAAGGUUUUCUUUUGUUCUAUACUUGGGCUGUGGCAUAUGCACACCCAAACACCAGCAUAUAGAAAAAUAAUUUUAAAACCCAAAUAAGGCCGAUGAGGUCACUUGCAGCAAACUUGACUACCUGCAUUUGAUCACUAGAACUCACAUAGAUGAAGCAGUAAUUACACCUGUAAGUUGUUCUGUGAGUGUCACAUGCACACUGUGGCGUAAGUGUAUACACACUGUUAAAACAGUUUUAAAAGUUGAAAUCAGGAAAGUGAAGAAAAUAACCUAAAUAUUGAGAACAAAUAAAAUUUCUUGCCAGUUGAAAUUAAUACAUUGUAGAAUUUUAAGUAGAAUUACUGUUCAUCAGAACAAUGAUGGUUCCUGUUUAAAAUUUGCAUUAUAUUUUUUAUUCUCUGAUUCAAACAUAGGUCAUUAAAACAAUAUAUCCCAGCUGAGCAUAGUGGUUCAUGUAACUGCAGCACUUGGGAGACAAAGUCUAGAGGAUCUCUCUGAAUUUUAGGCAGGUGUGGUUGAGAUAGUGAAUCCCAGGACAGCUGUUGCUACAUAGAAAGAUCCUUUCUCAAAACAAACAAAGAUUAUGGAACUUUUCUUAUAUAAUCUGGCUGAACUUAUCUGUAUUCUACAAAUCCUUUUGUUUUCUUUACUCACAUCAAGAGAAAUAUAUUAAUAAUGACAAUAAGAAACAACGAGGAGAGUCCAUUCACAGAGGGCUAGAAAUCCAUUGACUCAUUCAAUGACCAUGUAGCAGAAGGAGUAAUGGGGCCUCUUCAUCUACUGCAUUAUAAUGACUUAUUUGGUAGCUGGAGAGUUGGCUCAGUAGUAAUGAUCCUGUUAGGUACUCAAGUUUGAUUCGUAGUGCCCAUGUCAGAUAGCUCAGCUCUACCUGUAAUUCCAGGUUUACAAGAUAUGAGGCACUGUUUUGGCCGCCUUGGGCAACAGGUAUGGAAAUGGUGUAGAGACAGAGACAUGUGACUUCAUAUUGAAGAAAAGGUUUACUUCACAUGUGUUAUUUUUUAAUUAAAGUUAAUUUAAUUUAGGUGUAUAAGUUUUGCCAGUGUGUAAAACAAUUGAAUUCCAGGUACCAGUGGAGACAAGAAGAGAAUGUCAAAUCUCCAAUGGCUGAAAUGACAGUGAAAUACAGACAGUUGUGAGAUGUCUUUUGGGUGCUGGGAAUCAAAGCCAGGCCCUAUGGACAAAAAGCCACUGUGUUUAGCUGCUGAGCCAUGUAUUCAUACCCAUAUACAUGUCAUUUAUAGCAGUAAGAUAUAAGUGCUGUUUUCAGUUCAUCUUUACUUCAGACCUAAUGACCCAUAAGAAAUAUAAGAUUGAUAGCAUCAGAAACUAACUUGGAUUUGAUGCUUCAAGAAAAUUUUAAACCUAAAUCUGCACAAAAUGAGGGAAGUGUGCAAAGAAUGUUCAGGAGAGAAUUUGAAAGCAGUAGCCUUAAAAGUGUCUGACCACUUGACCAAAGCCACAUGACUGAGUUUAUCUCAAAUGUGGUAAAUAGGCACCAGUGGGAGCCCACAAGGACACAGGCCCGAUGUCUCAUGCUGGAGUUUAUGCUCCCUGUAAGGAGAGAAAAUGAAUUUGCAGGAAUGAAGACCAACUUGUCUGAAAGGGAUGGUUAACUGCUUCACUGAUGCCUAUGAAGAGACUAGAAAACCAAAACAAAAACAUUGUUUUUAGGGCAUGGUAGGGCAAAAAUGGACUAAAGGAUUUUUUGGAGAAAACAUCUUGGAGAUUUCAGGUAGGAAGCUGGGGCAAACCAUUAAGACCCAGCAUAGCCUUCCUCUCCAGCCUGCCGGUGUAAAGCCUGACUGCUGGCAACAGCUUUUCUAGCACCUGGUAUUCUAUUCUUUUGGUUCUGGUAGGGCCUUGCUUCCCCAAGACUGAUUCUAGGCUGAUGUAAAUUUACAUGAACCUUCCAUUUAAAAGGCCUAAGCAUUUAAAAGUGCCAGAUGCUUUGCUAAUAUUGGAGGCACAUGGUUAAGAAAAUGCUUCACUUCCCUCUGGAAGCCAUUAAAUCUAUCAGAUAAAGCAGUGUGUCAAAAAUGAAACAAAACUAACACACUGGUGUCACUUCUUUAGUAUAAAUGAGGUAAUCCUUUAAGGGUUCAGUGGCAGCAGAAAAUUUAUGGAUGUGUUCAUUUUGUUUUAUUUCACUUUAAUGAGGAAGUCACAUGGCAUUUACAUUUUUUAGGAAACCAUUAGUAAACAUGAUGGCCAAGACACAUUGCUGCUUUCAUUGUGAUGUAAUCACCAGUAAGAUGGGAACAAGCCACAUGUGCAGGGAACCAUAGAGUUGACUUGGCCUAGUUGCCUUGAGAGGAAUGCAUCAUAGGUUUUUCAGGUUAGAGUCCAUGGCUCCUGGGGCAUAAUGUGGCUUCCAGUUUCUGAGAGACUGAUGCACUCCCUCAGGCAGUAAAGCACUGAGACUGCUUUGCAUUUCUCUGUAUGUUCCUAUAUUAGUCAUCAAGGGAGGGUGACAAUUGGUCUUGAACAUUAAUCUUGUGUACCCUAUGCCCUGUAUCCUGGCAACUACAAAUGUUUUGAUCCUGGCAAUUGCCACUAUAUUCUGUUUCUGAUAAAAGUAUAAAAAUCUGAUUGCUCUCAAUAAAAUUGUCACAGCCUCAA